AUGCACCAAAUGCAUCCUAAAAGUAUUGUGUAUCCAGUGUUCCAUUCUCCUACAAAGCCCCAUGGUUUCAGGGAAAUAUCACAGGAGUACACUACAUGCAUGAGAGUGCUGGCCAUGGAUCUCCUUGCAGGAAUAUGGGAGAGCUUGGGACUAGAGGAGAGCAACAUGACCGCGGCCUUGGACCUCCACUCUUGCUUCCAAAUUUUCAUUGGAAAUUACUACCCACCAUGCCCACAGCCAGAGCUAGCCAUGGGCCUCCCUCCCCACUCCGACCAUGGCCUCCUUACGAUCCUCCUCCAAAAUGGCGUAGAUGGCCUCCAAUUGAAGCACAAAGGCAACUGGGUCAAUGUCAAGCCCCACCCCAACUCUUUCCUUGUCAACACCGGUGAUCACAUGGAGAUUAUAAGCAAUGGAAGGUAUAAGAGCGUGGUGCACCGGGCAGUGGUAAAUAGCAAAAGCACCAGGAUAUCGAUCGCAAAUGCGAUAGGGCCAUCGCUGGACGCAGUUGUUGUGCCUGCCAUGGAGUUGGUGAGUGAUGAGGGUAGUCCAGUGGCGUAUAAUGGCAUGAGAUAUAGGGAGUUUAUUGAGCAUCAGCAAGCUAACCCGCUCAAAGACAAGUCUGUUCUGGAUCGUAUAAGACUGUUGGGCAAGUAAUACCUGGAACAAUGGUUACGCUGUGCUUAUGAAUGUACGGGAGACAUAUUUGGAGACUGUUGUUUAUGCCUUACUCUUUACUAAGUUAACGUAUGCUAAAUGUCACAUCUGUAUCACGCUUAGAAGAUUUUCAAUGGUUUGCUACUGAAGACAAGUAACAA